AUUAUUAUUUCUCAUUCAACAAAACACCAUUGCAUUAUCGCAAUCAGACGUCGAUUUGUUUUAAUUUCGGCAAUUGCUUGUAAUAGUUAAUUAACACUCGACCUGAUACGAUAUCAAAAUAAUGUGACUUUUUGUAAAAAGUGCUGCGCAAUCAGAAAAAAAUUUUGGACUGUGAAAUGGUGCAUUGUUUCCUAUAUAUUUUUUUUAUUAACUAGCAUUUAAUUGUAGGCACUACACCAGUAAAUGCCAGUGUUAUAAAAGUAAAAUAAACCUAUCCCAGCAAAUUGAAUGGAUAUACAGCAAAGAUAUCAAAGUAUUGUUUUCAAAACAAAAGUACAUGAAUAAAGCGUUUUAAUUUUGAUAAGAAAAGCGAAGUGAUAAGAAUGGAGGCUCCAGAAUCCAGUGGGAGUAGCCGGUCCACUAUGUUGCAGCCCACAUCAUGGUGUCACCCAGCCAAUAGAGUGCAUCGAUUUUUUGCACUAUUGCUCAUGUGCUUCCUUUGUUUUGGUUCAUACUUUUGUUAUGAUACUCCCGGGGCAUUGGCUGACAACUUCAAAGAUGACUCACACUUGAACACAUCCCAGUUUGCAUUGCUUUACUCAAUAUACUCAUGGCCAAAUGUGGUAUUGUGUUUCAUCGGCGGUUAUCUUGUUGAUAGGUACUUUGGUGUUAGAUUGGGCACUGUGAUUUAUAUGACAAUUGUGUUUAUUGGAGCCGUGAUAUUUGCUUUUGGAGUGUAUAUUAAUGCAUUCUGGUUGAUGAUACUUGGGCGAUUUGUGUUUGGAAUUGGAGGAGAGUCCCUGCAAGUAGUAGUAAACAAUUAUGUUGUCCUUUGGUUUAAAGGGAAGGAACUUAACAUGGUAUUUGGACUGCAGUUAUCAUUCUCUCGUUUUGGAAGUACUGUUAAUUUCUGGGUAAUGGAACCUGUUUAUAGAUGGGUUUCCACAUAUUAUGGAGGAUAUGAAAGAUUGGGAGUUACAUUGUUCCUAGCCUCACUAACUUGCUUUGUGUCCCUUGUUUGUGGCGUGAUUCUUGGCUGGAUGGAUUACAGAGCUGAAAAAAUUCUAGGAAGACAAGAUGAGCAAAGCAACAGUGAACCCUUCCACCUAACAGACAUUAGACAUUUUAAAUCAGUGUUUUGGCUGUUAUCUGUAAUUUGUGUGGCUUAUUAUCUAGCCAUCUUUCCAUUUAUUGCCUUGGGAAAAUUAUUCUAUGAGCGAAAAUUCGAUUUCUUGCCACAAGAAGCAAACAACGUUAAUUCCAUGGUUUAUUUGCUAUCAGCAGCUCUAAGUCCAUUCUUUGGCAUUCUCAUUGACAAGACAGGAAGAAAUAUGACUUGGGUUAUAAUAAGCAUUGUGACGACAAUUGGUGCACAUUUUAUGUUGGCUUUUACAUUCUUCAACCCAUAUAUUGGUGUGAUAUCAUUGGGCAUUUCUUAUUCCCUAUUGGCUAGUGGUUUAUGGCCACUGGUAGCACUAAUUGUUCCAGAAAAUCAGUUAGGAACUGCAUAUGGAAUUUGUCAAGCAGUACAGAACAUGGGGCUAGCUACAGUCAUAAUAUUUGCAGGAAUGAUUGUUGACAAAUAUGGAUACCUAAUGCUAGAAAUGUUCUUCUUGGGAUGUCUCUUUGUAUCACUUAUUGCGGCAGUACUUAUAUAUAUAAUUGACUCGGCGAACAAUGGGGUCCUAAACAUGUCACCAAGCAUGAGGGAGUCUACAAAGUCUACGGUUACACAUACUGACGAAACUGCACAUCUAUUAGAUAAUGAAGACUAUACGGAUCAAGAAGAAACUGAUUCACGAAGACCGUCAGAUGCGACGCAAGAUCAGUCGACUAUUAAUCCACGAGACGUCGCUCAGGCCCAGUCUGAUAGAAUACGCAGUCGAUACUUAGCACAAAUACUACCAAAUAAUGUUUCAGAAAGAGAAUAGUGAUCUCGGUAUAACUUUCCUAUGAUACAUGUAAAUAAUUAUUAGUAUGUACUUUUAUAGAUUUAGAGAAUUAUUUUAACUACUUUUUUAAAAUUAAAUAAUAACAAACUAUCAAUGUGUAAAAUCUUUAUUGCCACACUUUACACUGGUGAAUUAAAUAUACUAUAUAAAACAAUGAACAAGUCUCAUUUAUUAUUAAUCUAAAAUGUUAUAAAUGCUGUUAUACAUUUGAUAUAAGUAUAUUAAUUUUAAGUAGAAUUUAAUAAGUACAAAAAUAUAACAUAUAUAGUUGGUAAAGUAACCCAUUUGUGCUUUUGUAAAAUAUUUUACUUGUGUAUAAUAAUACCAUUUUAUUCCUAUCUUAAUAAGACAUUGCAUAUCACUUUGUAAGGCAAUUAUCAAUGUUAAUAAAAUACAUGAGUAUAAACUCAUUAGCUAUUUUUUAAUGGCACCAUUAUAAUCACUUAGUAUAUCACAUAUACUGUUCAUGAAUCAUAAUAUUAAGUACCUUUCAGUUUGUAACUCUUUAUAUUGAGAAGUAUAUUAUGGUUGCUUUAUCUGAUGAUGAAUACAACAAUAAUUUGGAAACCAAAGUCAUCUGCUAAUUGUUUUCCAAACUUUUCAGUUCAAAUCUUAUACUGAAUGCUGAUGUGUUCCAAGUAUUCAUAACAUAGUGGGUAAUAGUAAGUGUAUUUCAGUGUUAUUAGUUGCUCCCUAAUAAGGACAUUAAUACAAUUUGCACUUAUCUUCUACAUUCCAUUCAAUACCAUUACCUGGUAAUUUACUAUAGAUGAAAGGAGAAAUCCAAGUUAGAUACCAUCUCUCCCCAAAAACUUCUGUCAAAUUAAGCUUCCAUCCCCUGUUAUGGAUAAAAUCUUUGGUAUAAGUUUUACUUUCAUGAACUGAUCUUCCUUUAAUUAAGUUAUUGAAAUGGUAUAUGAAUAAAAAUCCAGUAAAAAGUCCAACUAACACAUUAAUGACUACCAAGAAAACAUAAAGGCUUUCAUCUCCAAAGUCAAUAACAAUACUUGCAAGUGGACAAAUAAAUUUAACCAAUAUCAAUCCAUGGUUCCAUGUUAUGAAUUGAGAUACAAAUUGUAUAUUAUAAAAUAAAGAGUAUAACAUUGCUACAAAUAUGUAAAAAGUGAAUAGCAUAAAAUACCUAUGAUUAAAGUACCCUACACAACAUGCAAAAAAUGUGCAAUGGUGGUCCCUCUUUAAAGUACAGAUAUCACAUGUAUCACAGUGCCAAGCUCGAGGUGGUCUCAAACAUUCACAAACACUACAAAAAGUCCAGUCUUCCUUAUUGAAUCCUUCAAGGUUUCUACCUUUUAUUGUAGAAUUUGUAAACAUGCCAUAAAUCAUAUUACCUAUAAUAUUUAGUAACAAAAAUGUUGCACAGGCCAUAUGACAAUAAAAUGCAAAGCUCCACUGCUCUACAAUUGCUGGUAAUACUAUGCAUAAUUCGAAGUAAAGAAAUGCUGGUAUAAGUAUAAAUGUAAUGGCAAUGUAAAAGCUAUGUUCUGUCAGCCUUCUUAACUGCUUAUUUUUAAUGAAUUCCAAUUUCAUAAGCAUUUUAGUAUAGGAUCUUUAUUUCCUAUUUGUGUUUAAAAAUUCAUUACUUUAUUGUAUGGGG